AUGGAAAUCUCGGGGUCUCAUUCCCGACGAAGCAAUGCCUCGAACGCCACCGAGGCUGAUGUGCAUAGGUGCGAACGCUGCAAACAACGGAAAACUCGAUGUGAUCGUGAGUUUCCGGCUUGUCAGCGAUGCAGGAGACUAGAUGUGAGGUGUGAAUACGCGGGUCGGAAGAGACCGGGGUUUCCAGCAGGCCAUCGGCAGCUGCUCGAGGAGAAAUUACGUGCGUUGGCUCAAUCUAUUGUUUAA